CAUCCUUCAACCAUGGCUGCCCAGUCUAAGCUGAUGCCACAACGGCUGCUCCCACCGAGUCUCCGAACUCGACCACCAAUCCUCGUAUUAAUUGCAUGUGUUCUCAUUCUCCGCUCACGCCUCUUGACUGCUCCGAGAGAUACCCUGGCAGCCCUCAGAGCUGUGCGGUCUCGCCAUAAACUGUCUAAAGAAGAGCUUGCACAGGCUUUGCAACAGAUCUAUGUCGAAGGUCGUGAUGGCACCAAGGAGCUCUUGGUUCCGUUUAGGGAGAACAUCUCAAAGAUCACCAUCCGUCCAACUUCUGAGGAAGUCUUCGCCUCCCACAAACCAUUGUUUCCUCCUCUUCCGCCCUCUGCACAACUCAAACCGAACGUAGACCGCUCCUUCCUUCGCCAACUCCGAGCCAUUCUCCAUGUGGCCUUCCCUUCAUAUACCUCCAAAGAGACUGGUAUCGUAUUGCUGCAUAGCGUCUUUCUCGUGAUGAGGACGGUGUUGAGCGUCUAUGUGGCAAAGCUGGACGGAAGGAUCGUCAGGGAUCUGGUCAGUGCGAAUGGAAAAGGAUUCCUGCGAGGCCUGGGAUUGUGGUUCGCACUUGCGGCACCUAGUAUCUACACGAAUUCCAUGAUUCAUCACCUUCAAGCGCAGUUAUCUCUCCGUCUUCGGACAAGGCUAUCGCGCUACACGCACGAUCUCUACCUCUCUUCUGAUCCUUACCUCCGCUACUACCGCGUCGCAGGGGAAGGGGGUCUCGAGGGUGUAGACCAAUAUAUCACCUCGGACAUCGCUAGCUGGACGGACGCACUUUCUGGCCUGUAUGGCAAUGUCCUGAAACCGCUCCUCGACCUUAUUCUCUUCACGUCGCAGUUGUCGAGAACCCUGGGCGUGAGGGGCACGGCGGCGCUCUUCGUCAAUUAUUAUGUCACAGCAAAGAUAUUGAGAGCAGUGACGCCGGCCUUCGGGCGGUUGGCGGCUGUGGAGGCGAGGCUGGAGGGUGAGUAUCGUGCGGGUGUGGGGAGAGUGGGACGCGAGGCGGAGGAGGUCGCGUUUUAUGAUGGAGGAUCAAGGGAGAAGGAAAUAUUGUGGAGGGCUUAUUUGAGGCUGAUGAAGCAUGUGAACUCCAUCUUCAAGAUCCGGAUAGCAUACGAAUGGACGGAGGACUACGUGAUCAAGUACCUCUGGUCCGCAGCAGGCUAUUGUCUGAUCUCGAUCCCUGUCCUCCUUACGCGGAAACGCCGUAAUGUGGGCGUACAGACGGCAAAGCCUGGCACACCAGAAGAGACGGACGACGCGGUGGCCAAUAGGACCGAAAACUAUAUAUCCUCCCGCCGGUUGUUGCUCUCCCUCGCGGACGCUGGAGGACGACUUAUGUACGCCUACAAGGACGUCCUCGAGCUCGCGGGUCUCACAACGCGAUUAUACACUCUUCUUUCAACUUUGCAUCAUCUCCCGCCAUUGCCUACGUCGCAUCCUAGUGCCAUGGCCGCUGAGCCUACUAUCACGCUCUCUCACGUCGAUGUCACCGUCCCCGCCCCUUCCUCGACAAAUUUGGACCCAACGAAUCCCGACGCGGAUAUCCUGGACCGGGAGAACACACCAGAGAUGCCGCCGCUCGUGAAGGAUUUGAAUUGGUCACUUGGGCCGGGUGAUCAUUUGAUGAUUACGGGGUCGAAUGGAGUAGGGAAGACGGCGGUGGCGAGGGUGUUGGCGGGGUUGUGGGCUCCUGGAGGUGGGAGUGGGAGGGGGGAGGUCAAGAGACCCGGAAGGGGCGAGGUGUUCGUGGUGCCGCAGAGGGCGUAUAUGGUUGCUGGAAGUUUAUUGGAUCAGAUUAUAUACCCGCAUACAUACCCACAGUAUGUGCAGAGCGGACGGACGGAGGGGGAGUUGAAGGAGAUUCUGGCUGCGGUGCAUUUGGAAUAUUUGCCACAGCGGGAAGGAGGGUGGUUCACGAGGAAGGAGUGGAGGGAUGUGUUGAGUGGGGGCGAGAAACAGAGAAUGGCGCUGGCACGGGUGUUCUAUCAUAAACCGAAAUUCGCAAUCCUGGAUGAAUGUACGAGUGCGGUGUCCAGCGAUGUGGAGGGGAGGAUGUACGAGCACGCAAAGUCCAUCGGCAUCACCCUCAUCACCAUUUCUCUUCGUCCAUCGCUCGCGAAAUACCACACCCAACUUCUCACCCUCUCGGGCGACGGCACUGGAAGCUGGACGCUCACCCGCGUCGGCACGGCGGAGGUGAAGAUGGGUAUUGAUAGGGAGAUUGGGUUGUUGAGGGAGAGGCUGAAGGAGGUGGAGCAGUGGGAGAAGAGGGUCAAGGAACUGGAGGUGAUGUUGGGGCCGGAGGGUGCGGAGACGUAGUAGUGGCUGAGAGUUGUUUUGCUCUGUGGUUUAAGUCCUGCUCGGCACUGUAAUAGACCUUGUUGUAUAAGUAUCGACCAUUGUAAACGUUAAUAAUUU